GGCGGCGACCGACCGACCGAUCGAUCGAUCCAUGGCGCCGGCCGACGUCAAGGACGCGUCCCCUCCUCCCCGCCCCCCGCCUCCCCCCGCCGGGCCGGCGCUCCCCGGCGGCGCGGAGGAGUACGUGCGCGGCUCCAUCGAGGCCGCCCUCGGCCUCCCCGUGCCGGACCGCUCUAUCCGCGCCAAGCUCGCGGCCUACGAGGACCUGCGCCGCCGCCUCCAGGACCGCGUCUUCGCGCUCGAGGAGGACCUCCACGCCGCCGCCCGCCGCAUCGACCUCCUCAAGAACGAGUCGGCGAUGAACGCGGAGGGGAUCCGGCGCUGCGUGGAGGAGAAGGAGGCCGUGGCGGCCGCGCGCGAUCAGCUCGCCGCCCACGCCGCCAGGCUCGAGAAGGAGUGCGGGCUCUACGAGCGCGACCUCGAGCGCGCCAUGGAGUCCUGCGACGAGCUCGCCAGGGAGAGCGACGACCUGCGCAACCGCCUCCGUGACGCCCCCGACCUUACUGAACAAGUCCAAGCGCUGCAGAGGGACAAGGAGAUACUCAAGACCAACCUGAACAAAGCAGAGGAGGAGGUUAAGUUGCUGUUUGAGGAGAACAGAGCCCUCGACGAAGCAAACAAGAGGCUGCUGUGCUUGCUGGAGAAGGAGCAGAAGCAUCGGUCCGAAAGAAAGCACUCCGCCAGUAAUUCCACCAAGCAGAAACGCAAGUCGUCGAGCCUGAAGGACACGAGCCCGGUCAGCCUGGCCAUCGAUUUCAACAGUGCGGACGCGUCGAGGCAGCCCCUGUUGCCCUUGCAGCCAAACUCUCCGGACUGCAGGGUGCAUAAGAAGUGAAGCUGGCCGUCCCGGCAUUCUCCUCUGGAUGGCUUAAACUGAAGUGAACUGAACAACUACCCCUUAGCUAGGCAUCGUCGCUUGCUGCUUGCCUGAUCGAUCUGACUAACUUGCUGGGUUAAUUUGGUUGGUUCUUGUCGGUAGAACCUCCUCGGUCAUAUGUAGCCUGCGUUUUCCGCUUUCUUCUUCCGCUUGUGUUGGCAGCUGCCUGUGUCUAUCAUAUCAUGAUCCUUUCAUGACAAAAUUAGUAGUAUUAUCUUA